UAUAAAUAGCCCCACCAAUGCACUCGAGAAACGCAGCUCAAAUUUUUCGUUGAAGUUCUGUUUCGCGCCAAUUAAAAUUAAACAGAGGCGGGAGAACGGAGAAACACCGAGAGCUCUCCGUGGUUUUCUCAUUGACAUAAGCGCCGCCGCAAACGACGACGACGACGAUCGUCUCUGAAUCAUUACCGAUCGUACUGUAGUUCGUUGUUUUUCUGCUUUCUUCCGGAUUGAGUUUCGAUCAAUUCUAUCUUGUUUGCGGCUGGUUUUAUUUUCUGUUUGUCUAGACUGUAUUCUGGACAUUUCAGAGGUCCCUACAAAAUGAUAGGAGCACUAAUCACCAGAGGACUCACAAUGAUUUUGGGAUAUGCCUAUCCUGCUUAUGAGUGUUACAAAACUGUCGAAACCAGUCAGCCACAGAUUGAGCAACUUCAUUAUUGGUGUCAGUACUGGAUUCUGGUGGCCAUAUUGACGAUUCUAGAGAGAAUUGGUGAUUCUUUUAUUUCAUGGUUUCCAUUCUACAAUGAAGCAAAGUUGGCCUUCUUCGUUUAUCUGUGGCAUCCAAAAACAAAGGGAGCGAACCAUGUGUAUGAUUCAUUCUUCCGACCAUAUGUUUCGAAGCACGAGCCUCAUAUUGACCGCAGCUUGACGGAGUUCAAGCUGAAGGCUAGUGAUACUGCUUUUAUCUACUUUCAAAGAGCUGCCUCCUACUUUCAAACAACAUUGUUUGAUAUAUUUGCAAAGUUUGCUCAUCAAUCCACAACCCCUGCUGCUCCCAAGAUACCCUAAACUUUCUUCCAAAAAGAAAACGUUGAUGGAAUAAAAAACCAAUCCGAGAAGAAAACUCUGUACGAUAAAAUCUAUUAUAAACUUAUUUACCAAUAUUGUAAAAAUGAUCAAUAUAUUACUUCUUUCAACA